AUGUUAUUAAAUGGCGAGAAGCCGGGAUGGUCAGCCAACACAGAUAUCGCAUCAUCAGAUGGUACGGCUUCAACAGCUGACGAAAAGUUACAGAAAAGGGAAACCUGGGGCCGCAAGUUUGAUUUCCUGUUGGCCUGUAUCGGGUUUUCCGUUGGUCUCGGAAAUGUUUGGAGAUUUCCUUUUCUGUGUUAUAAAAAUGGCGGAGGUGCCUUCCUGAUCCCUUACUUUAUAGCUGUGAUAUGUGGUGGUAUACCAGUGUUUUUCUUAGAAGUAUCCAUCGGUCAGUUCAUGUCUGAAGGUGGAAUUGGUCCCUGGAAACUUUGUCCAAUGUUUCAAGGUAUUGGUUACGCCAGUGCUAUUAUAGUCUUCUUAUUGAAUAUAGACUAUAACAUCAUCCUAGCCUGGGCGUUCUAUUACCUAUUCCAAUCAUUUCAAGCCGUUUUACCAUGGUCUACUUGUGAUAAUGACUGGAACACGGACAAUUGUCGAAUUUUUAACGAGUCGUCUGCUUUCAAUGGUUCCGUCUUGUACCAAACUAUGACGCACAACUUAAGCCUGAACCAGAACACUUCCGGUCAGGUGAUUGAUUCCGUAACAGAAUUCUGGGAGCGGAAAGUCCUGCAACUGUCCAGCGGUGUGGGGUCUCCUGGCAACAUCAAGUGGGACCUGGCCCUAUGUCUGUUACUCGCAUGGAUCGUGGUGUAUUUCUGCAUCUGGAAGGGCAUUAAGAGCUCUGGAAAGGUUAUGUAUUUUACGGCUACCAGUCCUUACAUCCUGAUGUUGGUCUUGUUGAUUCGUGGUGUAACACUAGAUGGCGCAUCGGAAGGCAUAAAAUACUAUUUGCUCCCUGAUUGGUCCAAAUUAGCCGAACCACAAGUUUGGGUUGAUGCCGGUACUCAGAUUUUCUUUUCCUAUUCUAUCAGUUUGGGUACACUUACCGCAUUAGGCAGCUACAAUAAAUUUCACCACAAUUGUUAUCGUGAUACUGUUAUGUUUGCUGCUGUAAACAGUGGUACUAGCUUUCUAGCUGGCUUUGUCACCUUCUCAGUACUUGGCUUUAUGGCUAAACAACAAAAUGUUAGCAUAUCAGAAGUAGCAGAAUCAGGUCCUGGUUUGGCUUUUAUUGCCUAUCCUGAGGCUGUUGCUCAAAUGCCCUUUGCUCCACUUUGGUCUGUUUUGUUCUUUGUGAUGGUCAUCUUAUUGGGUCUAGACAGUCAGUUUGUUGGAGUUGAAGGAUUUGUUACCGCUGUUGUGGAUUUAAAACCACAAAUCUUUAGAGUGGGUAAACGUCGAGAAUUUUUAAUUCUUGGAAUCUGUAUUCUCUCGUUUUUCAUCGGAUUGUCCAUGGUGACUGAAGGCGGGAUGUAUGUAUUUCAGCUAUUCGACUACUACUCUGCCAGCCGGAUAGUUCUUGUAGUGGCCUUCUUCGAGUGUAUCGUCGUUGCUUACAUUUACGGGAUAGAUCGGUUUUAUGACAAUCUGCAAAUGAUGUUUGGUUUCCGACCUGGCCCAUUCAUGAAAAUAGCUUGGACAUUUAUCACUCCAGUAUUUACUUUUUCCAUCUUCGUCUUGGGAGCUAUAAGUUAUUCCGAACUGACGUAUAAACGAAAACUGAUAACUUACUCAUAUCCCACCUGGGCUAUCGCUGUAGGAUGGUGUUUGGCUUUAGCCUCUGUUGUAUUUAUUCCAAUUGUUGUUAUAUUUAAAAUACUGAAAUCAAAAGGUUCAUUGAAAGAGAGAAUCGUUGAUUUACUGAAACCAAGACUGCAGAGACAUCAACUCCGUGACAAUGAGGAUAUGUCAAAAGUUCAGUUAAUUGACGAUGUGUAUCAAACCAAUUCCGCCAAUGAUGAUGCAAUCGAUUCGAUAGAGAAACUACCAAUGACCAACGAAUUUGAGACGGAGGGGAUAUAA